AGUGCCUUCGACGUGCUGGGCUUCACGGCGGAGGAGAAGGCCGGAGUGUACAAGCUGACGGGAGCCAUCAUGCACUUCGGCAACAUGAAGUUCAAGCAGAAGCAGAGGGAGGAGCAGGCAGAGCCUGACGGCACCGAAGACGCUGACAAAUCAGCUUACCUGAUGGGCCUCAACUCCGCCGACCUCCUCAAGGGCUUGUGCCACCCGCGGGUCAAGGUGGGCAACGAGUACGUCACCAAGGGGCAGAGUGUCCAGCAGGUCUACUACUCCAUCGGGGCCCUGGCCAAGUCUGUCUACGAGAAGAUGUUCAACUGGAUGGUGGUGAGGAUCAACAACUCCCUGGCCACCAAGCAGCCGCGACAAUACUUCAUCGGCGUCUUGGACAUCGCCGGCUUCGAGAUCUUCGACUUCAACAGCUUCGAGCAGCUCUGCAUCAACUUCACCAACGAGAAGCUGCAGCAGUUCUUCAACCACCACAUGUUCGUGCUGGAGCAGGAGGAGUACAAGAAGGAGGGGAUUGAGUGGGAGUUUAUCGACUUCGGCAUGGACCUCCAGGCCUGCAUUGACCUCAUCGAGAAGCCCAUGGGGAUCAUGUCCAUCCUGGAGGAGGAAUGCAUGUUCCCCAAGGCCUCAGACAUGACCUUCAAGGCCAAACUCUACGACAACCACUUGGGCAAGUCCAACAACUUUGGGAAGCCGAGGAACAUCAAGGGCAAAGCUGAGGCUCAUUUCUCCCUCACCCACUACGCCGGAACCGUGGACUACAACAUCCUGGGGUGGCUGGAGAAGAACAAGGACCCUCUCAACGAGACUGUGGUGGGACUCUACCAGAAAUCUGCUCUCAAGCUCUUGGCCACACUCUUCUCCAGCUACACCGGGGGCGACGCCGGUGAUGGUGGGAAGGGCAAAGGAGCCAAGAAGAAAGGUUCUUCCUUCCAGACAGUCUCAGCCUUGCACAGGGAGAACCUCAACAAGCUGAUGGCCAACCUGAAGACCACCCACCCCCACUUCGUGCGCUGCCUCGUGCCCAACGAGCGCAAGGAACCAG